AUGGCUCUUCCGUUGCUCGUCAAUGCUGGCCUGCUGGCCCUCCCAAUUGCGGGCUCUAUUGGAACUCUUCUGGGCAUUGACGCCCACCGUCAAGCAACAGGACAGCGACCUCUAUUCACCAGUGAAAUUGGUAAUGAUGGAAGUAUCUCUCGCAAUGGUGUUACCAACACACGAUACUGUGAUUUGUUUAAUCCCAUUUCACCGAAGUCAGAGGGUCAACUUUACACAUGUAAGUUCGAGGGCUGCCGGCAGUAUAUCGGGCAUAUGUUGACUUGGGGGCAUAGUGAACCCCAACCAGUGGGGCGUGACAGACAAAACAGAAGGAGGAUUAUGUAUGAACCACCAGAGUUUUCUGUGACAUGGAAAUUCGAUCAGGAAACCAAGGACCAGACAGUGCAUGCAUUCCCUAACGUCCAGGUCGACAAUAUUCUUCCUGCUUCACUUGCGGACAUCCACCAUCUGAACCUCGACAUGCAUUGGACAUAUGGAAUAGGCAACAAAACUGUGAACAAAACGGAUGACGCAGAGCUCAAGGACGUCAAUACCAACGUCGCUCUUGAUAUGUUCUUUGACGACGACAUCAAGACCGCGAAGAACGUUUCCCUGGCGAAGUACGAAAUGAUGAUCUGGUUUGCGGGUUAUGGUGAGGCCAAACCAUUUGGGUAUGAAGAUGGGAUUGUAAAAACUAAAGACCUAAAUGGCACGACAUUCCAACUUUAUACUGGUCAGAACGAUCUUAAACAGGAGGUCCUGACGUGGUACGCAGCAAAUACGACGGAGAAGUUCGACGGUGAUAUUCUCCCUCUCAUCACUGACCUGUAUACCCUCGACAAAGGUGUCAAGUUAUCCAACACUGACUAUCUGGGAGUUCUGAGUUUGGGUACGGAAGCGUUCUCAUCGCACUCUAACGUUACAUUCUGGAUGCCAAGAUUAUCCAUUGAUAUUCAGGGCCCUACGGCGCGCACCACUACGGCGAAGGCUUGA